CCACAUCGGAUCGGCAUGGCGCUGACUUUAUUGUCAAGUAAACGUCAACUGCCUGUGAUAUCCUUAGUAGGAUCAUAAUUCAUAUUCCCAUUCAUGGCUUGGAGAAGUUGAAGCAUCUUGCAGCUGUGACAGUCUUCCUCUCUUCCUCAUCAUCAGCCAUCAUGUACGUGAUGGGAGCGCUGGGCCCGGCCGCCGGCUACCUGUUGGGUGGCGUCCUCAUCGGCUUCUACGUGGACCCCAAGACUGCGGUCAACAUUGACCAGAGCGACCCCCGCUUCAUCGGAAACUGGUGGAGCGGUUUCCUGCUGUGUGCCGUGGCCAUGCUGCUGGUCAUCUUCCCCAUGUUCACCUUCCCUAAGAAGCUGCCGCCCCGACACAAGAAGAAGAAGAGGAGGAAAAAGCUCAGUUUGGACGAGCUGUCCAGCGAUGAUGACGUCCUGAAGGAGAAGAGCAACAACAGCAAGAGCCAAGGGGUCACCUCGUCCAUGGGCUUUGGGAGGGACAUCAAAGACCUUCCCAAGGCGGCCGUGAGGAUCCUGAGCAACGUCACCUUCUUGUUUGUCAGUCUGUCCUACACGGCGGAGAGUGCCAUUGUCACCGCCUUCAUCACCUUCAUCCCCAAGUUCAUCGAGUCGCAAUUCGGCAUCCCCGCCUCCAGCGCCAGCAUCUACACAGGCCUGAUCAUCGUGCCAAGCGCGGGUGUGGGCAUCGUGCUGGGCGGCUACAUCAUCAAAAAGCUCAAACUGGGCGCCCGCGAGUCAGCUAAGCUCGCCAUGAUCUGUAGCGGCGUGUCUCUGCUCUGCUUCUCCACGCUCUUCAUCGUGGGCUGCGACAGCAUCAACCUCGGUGGGAUCAACAUACCAUACACCACAGGGCCGACGCUGACCAUGACACAGAGGAACCUGACGGGAGGUUGCAACGUCAACUGCGGCUGCAGAAUCCACGAGUACGCUCCGGUCUGCGGCUCCGACGGCAUCACAUACUUCAACCCCUGCCUGGCCGGCUGCGGCAGCGUUUCUAACGACAGCAGCGGCGUUCGUAACUACUCAGACUGCGCCUGCGUCCAGAGCCGCCAGGUCAUCACGCCGUCGUCCAGCGGGCCGGGCGGCAACCAGCUGCAAUUGGUCAUCGUCAAGACAUACCUCAACGAGAACGGAUACGCCGUGUCUGGGAAGUGCGACCGCACCUGCAGCACCCUCAUUCCCUUCCUAAUCUUCCUCUUCAUCGUCACGCUCAUCACCGCCUGCGCUCAGCCCUCCGCCAUCAUCGUCACCCUCAGGUCGGUCGCUGAGCAAGAGAGACCGUUUGCUUUGGGGAUGCAGUUUGUCCUCCUCAGGACUCUUGCCUACAUCCCGACUCCCAUUUACUUUGGCGCCGUGAUCGACACCACGUGCAUGUUGUGGCAGCAGGACUGCGGCGUGCACGGCUCGUGUUGGGAGUAUGACGUGACGUCGUUGCGCUUCGUGUACUUCGGCCUGGCCGCCAGCCUCAAGUUCCUGGGCUUCAUCUUCAUCUUCCUGACGUGGUACUCCAUCAAGUAUAGGGAGGAGCGCGUGGAGCGCUGGCUGAAGCACCACCUGUCGCCCGUUGACACGGUGGGCAGUCUUGUGUGUCACCCGGGGGGCCACAAGGGCCAUGCCCGCACACGCUCCUGCCCCGUCAACAUACCCAGGAGCGACCACGCCGUUCACCCUGCUGGCAUCCCGCCACGCGCCGGAGUCCUCAACCGUGGUGUCAGCACUCAGAGUUGCCCAGGAAAUGAGUUGAAAGCAAUAACCCCGCCCCCUCCCGCCGUUGUACCUCCACCUGCCCCGGCCCGCUCUUUGGAGCACGUCUCAGUCCGGGUCUGACUUUCACUUUUAAGAGGCGGACCAGAAGCCAAUCAGCUCCGGACCUAAGGGGCAGUGGGCGGUGCCAACGAUGGCGAGGGAGCCUCGUCCUGAUGGAUCUCUGCUUAUUGAGCCGCCAUGGCGUCCAUUGCUCUUGAUGCUCCGCCCCCUUCAACUGGGCUUCAUGUGCCUUGUGUCACCUCACAGCGCCCGCACUCCCUCUGGUGGACUGUGGCCCCGCCUACACAUACCUCAAUUCAAACUGCCCCCACACCUUUGCCCCCACCCCUUUUCCCUGCUGCAUUUGGUUCCGUCACCUUGAAGGCUGGCGAGGACUUGACGGCCAUUUUGAAGACUCUUAACUGACUGGCUAUGAAGCUCCAUCCCCACCAUCCCUGCCUGACACAAUGACAUAAUGGCACAAUGAAGGCAGGAAGUGUUACACACACACGUGAGGAGAUUAAUGGUUGAACCUGGAAAAAAAAGUGAAUGUUUUAGUAUUCCUGUCCAUCCUCUUUUUGAUUCACUUCCUGUCGUCUUCACGGGCACAUACACGCACGGUUUAUUAACUCGCUGGCGUUCGUCAAAUCUGGGCGUCACAAGCCGCAGGGUCACUAAAGUAGGUGCUGUCACACUCUGGCUAGCUGGUCUUUAUUAAAAACACAUCCUCUGCUGAUUGGUUGAGCUGCCUUGACGUCACAUUAUGCAGCAUUCAGUCAGUCUUGCCCAUGUGGCGACACCUGCUGGUAACACGUACAACUGCAACUAAAAAACAUGCUGUGUCUCAAAUGGAAUACUUGUGUCAGUACACUUCAGUAAGUAUGCUGUGUACACUGCGUGCUUAGUUUCUGAUUGUGUGAAUUGUGACAGCGUACAAUAGUACUGUCACAAAUCCAUUACUGUUAUUGUAGCGGAAUUGACGACAAUAAUAGUUACCUUCUCUUCUUUUUAUGGUGAAUUGCAGCCGCUGAAGUUAGUCCACUACGUUACCAAGAUGGCGUCUAUUGAGGGUGCUGAGUGUCCAGCGCUGAGCACUCACUAUCUUGACGACAGUGACAUGCACUCAAGAAAUUGUAAUGUAUGUAAGUACAUACUUAUGCACUCAAGUGACUUAGUGUAAGUACACACUUGGCACUCAAGUGACUAAGUACAUACGUAUACACUCAAGAGACUAAGUGUUAAGUACACGAUUGUGUACUUAAAAGACUUAAGUUCAAGUACACACUUAGGCACCCAAAACAGUGAAUGUACAGUCAAAGACUAAGUGUACAAUAAGUUAUACAGUCAAAUGACUACGUGUAAGUGCACACUUGUGUACACAAUAGGUUUAAGUAAACACUUAUGCACCCAAACGAGUGAGCGGAAGUACACGCGUAUGCACUCAAAAGACUAAAUCUAAGUUGACUAGGGGAAAGUACGCACUUAUGCACGGAAACGACUUAAGUGUGACUAAGUACACACUGGUGUACGCACACACUUACGCACUCAAAAGAGUUGAGUUUAAGUAGACCCUUGUGUGCUCAAGACUCAGUGUACAGUAAGUGCACACUUAUGCACUAAAAAGACUAAUUGUAAGUACACUUAUGUAUGCAUAAGACUAGGUGUAAGUACACACUUGUGUACUUAAGACUCAGUGUACUGUAGGUACACACUUAUGCAGUCAAUGGACUUAAGUGUAAGUACUCACUUGUGCACUCAAAAGGCCUAAGUGUAAGUAUGCACUUAAAAGAAAAGUGAAAGUACAAACUUAUGCACUCAAGAAGCUGAGUAAAAAUACACGUAUGCACUCAAAAGACUAAAUGAAAGUAUGCACUCAAGAAGCAAAGUGAAAGUACACACUUAUGCACUCAAAAGACUAAGUGCAAGUACACAAGUGCACCAGUUGAGACACAGCCUGAGACUUUGUGUCUUUCACAAGUCACGAAUGAUUCGAUGAGAGCAUUUCCGUGUAAAAGAAGUAAGACAGACAUCAUUCCUAGUUUCCCGCCAAAAUGAGUCAUGUGACCAUCAGGCUAAUGAACAUACGGCGCUAGAAGCAAUUUCGAAUCAAAAUUUUUAUUCUUAUCAGUAUUGUUUCUUUUACAAGAUCAUGUCUUCUUGGUCUGUCAGUAAAAUGUGAACAAAGAAUAAAAG